AUGGCACCGUCAAUUUCGAACUACAUGAUCGGCCAGGUCAGAUUCAUGAGCCAUGAAAACCGUGAUCCUUUAGAUACCUUGCCAGUCUCACACGAGGCCGAAUUUGACUCAUUUGCGGAUCAACACGAAGAUGAAUGUCUACAAGGCACCAGAGCCGAGCUUUUGAACGAGAUCAAAGAGUGGGUGGAAUCAUCGCAAGGAAAAUGCAUAUUUUGGUUGAGUGGGGCCGCUGGAACAGGAAAAUCAACAAUAGCACGGACGGUGGCUAGAUUGUUGAGCCAUGAAAAGCUGCUUGGAGCAAGUUUCUUUUUCAAAAGAGGCGAAGGGGAUAGAGGGAAUGCGAUGAAAUUUAUUACCACAGUGACACGACGGAUCGGGAGAGAAAUCCCUGACCUGACGCUGAUUAUCCAAAAAGCAGUCCGCGAUGAUCCCGAUAUUGCGACACGCUCACUGAGGCAUCAGUUUGACAGCCUACUACUUCAGCCAAUUCUGGAGUUGAAACAAUCCAGUCAUCAUAUUCCAACUAUGGUGCUUGUGAUAGAUGCAUUAGAUGAAUGUGACCCAGACGAUAACGUAGAAGUCAUUCUCCAGCUACUUCCACAGCUACGACAGGCUGUUAACGUACGAAUAUUUUUGACAAGCAGACCUGAGCUCCCGAUUCGUCUGGGAUUUAGAGAGAUGUCGGAUCAUGACUAUCAGAAUAUAACUCUUCACCAGAUCUCUGAGUCACUUAUAUCACGGGAUAUUUCUUUGUACUUUAACCAUCGACUUCUGAAGACAAGGAAGAUUCAGGAAUUGAGUAAUGACUGGCCUGGGCUCGCAAAUAUCCAGGUCCUGGUCGCAUUAUCCGUUCCACUAUUUAUCUUUGCUGCGACUCUUUGCCGAAUGUUCGAUGAUCCUUUUUGGGAUCCGGUCGACAGUCUAACAGAGAUUCUUACAUAUCGAGGAGGGGGAUCCCAACUAGAAGGAACUUAUGUUCCGGUAUUGAAUCGACUUCUGAAAGGCCAAAAUCAGACGCAGAAAGACCAGCUUGUUCUAGAGUAUCGAAAGAUCCUUGGCAUAAUCGUCAUACUUGAGAGCCCACUCGCAAUUACACCGCUUUCAAAGUUGACUAAUCUCCCUAGGCGACUGAUUGUCAUGAGGUUGAAGUUGCUCCACUCGGUUAUAAAUGUGCCCACGGACAAUAAUUCGCCAGUACGAUUGUUCCACCUCUCAUUUCGUGACGUUCUCCUCCAUCCAGCAAUACAAGGAAAAACUCCAUUCUGGAUGGAUGAGAAAGGGCUACACCAGGGGGCAACCACCCGCUGCCUCUCUCUUUGUCAAGAUCUGAAAAGGAAUCUAUGUGGACUACCAAGCGAAGGAACACAGCGCUCAGAAAUUGAUCAGCAAACUAUAGACCGUUGUAUACCUCCAGAAUUGAGAUAUGCCUGUCAUUAUUGGGCGCGUCACCUGGUGCAAAGCGAAGCCCCUGCUAAAAAUAUGGAAAUAGCUUUUGUUUUCCUCCAGAAUCACUUUCUACAUUGGUUAGAGGCAAUGGCUAUUAUGGGACUCAUCUCGGAGGUCGUUGGAAUACUUGAUCUGCUGCAAUCAGUACAGCAUGUCAACGAUCAAGAGUUGUCUGAUUUCUUACACGAUGCAAAGCGAUUUAUCCUAAAAUUUCGGUUUAUUGCAGAUGAAGCACCCUUGCAAAUAUACUCAUCAGGUAUCUUAUUCUCUCCUAGGAAGAUGAUCAUUCGAAAUUAUCUCAGAGAAGGACAUGCCAAUUGGAAUUUCAGACCGUCAGACUUGGAAGAGAGCUGGAACGAAGACCUGCAAACUCUUGAGGGUCAUUCAUUUGGGGUUCAAUGCGUGUCAUUCUCCCCGGAUGGUCGAUUGAUAGCAUCUGGUGCGUACGAUAAAACAAUCAAGCUAUGGAAUACAGCCACAGGAGAACUGCAGCAGACUCUUAGGGGCCAUUUGGAUGGGAUAUCAUCGUUGGUAUUCUGCCCUGAUGGACGACAUCUAGUCUCUGGGUCUUAUGAUCGAACAGUCCGGCUAUGGAACACUAGCACUGGUGCCACGGAGCAAAACUAUGAGGACCAUUCGGACGGAGUGACAUAUGUUGCAUUGUGCCCGAAUGGUCGAGUUUUAGCGUCUACGUCCUUUGAUAAGACAAUCAGGCUACGAGAUAUCCAAACAGGCGCCCCCAUCCAACCAGUUUUGAAAGGCCACUCACGCUCUGUAUUUUCCCUAUCUUUCUCUCCUGAUGGCCUAUCUCUAGCAUCUUCCUCCAGGGAUAAAACCAUCCGAAUUUGGGAUAUUUCUAGAGGUGUUCUGCAACUAACCCUAAGGGCUCAUUCAGCUUUGGUUAUGUCAGUGGCAUUUUCCCCAGAUGGCCAGAUCCUAGCAUCUGGCUCCGACGACAAAACAAUCAGACUUUGGGAUCCGACUACAGGCGCGCUACUACAAACCUUUGAAGAUCCAGCGGAAGUCUAUUCUGUCGUUUUCUCUCUGGAUGGACGGCUUUUAGCGUCCGGCUCUGGCGACAAAACCCUCAAGGUUCGGGAUUCUUCUACAGGAACUCUUAAACGGACAUUCAAACAGCAUUCAGGUUUGGUUCGGUCGGUAGCAUUCUCCCCUGAUCUUAAAAUCCUGGCAUCUGGCUCCUAUGACCAAACAGCUCGGCUCUGGGACUUGACUACAUGUACUUCACCCCAGACCACCAAGGGCCACUCAGACUGGGUUUGGUCCAUCAUGUUUUCUCCUGAUCAUCGGAAAUUGGCUUCUUGUUCAUGGGAUCGCACUAUCAAGAUAUGGGAUUUGACUACGGGAGACUCACAGCAAACUUUGAGGGGCCAUUCAGAUGCAGUUUUGGCGAUCGCAUUUUCUUCUGAAAGCCACUACCUGGCUUCUGCUUCGCGUGACGAAACUAUCAUAAUUUGGGAUAUCGUGACGAGUACGCCUCGAUUGAGAGUCAAGGGUCACUUGGAUCCAGUCUACUGUCUUACCUUUUCUCCUGAUGACAAGCUCUUAGCAUCCGGUUCAAGUGAUAAUACAGUCAGAAUGUGGAGUUCUACAACUGGUGCUCUACUAAAGACACUCAGAGGCCAUUCAAGCUCCAUCCACUGUGUAGCCUUCUCCCCUAAGGCCCAGGUUCUAGCUUCCGGCUCAAGCGACAAUACAGUAAUCCUGUGGGAAGUGAGUACAGGCAGUCUGAUACACACUCUUGAAGGGCAUUCGACCACAGUUGUUUCCGUUACAUUCUCACCGUGUGGACGACUCUUGGCGUCUAGUUCAAAUGGUGGGACUCUUAUUAUCUGGCAAAUCACCACAACGACACAUAAGCAUAUGUGGAGGUUUGAAAAGGCCGUCCAUCAACUGGAAUUUUCAGAUGAUGGUUCGUAUCUGAGGACCAACAUCGGAUCAAUUUCUCUCCAGAAUCUAGAUUUUGGUAGUGAGACGCCACAUCUGAAAGCUGAGAUUAUAUCAGUUUUUGAAGAUACUUGGAUUGCUCUGAAUGGCGAAAGAACUCUAUGGCUACCUCACGAGUUUCGGCCUGUUUGUUCGGCUACUCAAGGUGACUUGCUUGCGAUGGGACAUGCAUCGGGUAGAAUAUCAUUAUUGGAACCAUAUCUAGGCUAUUAA